AUGGCAUCAAUCAGCUCUCUGCACUCCUUGACCUUGGAGCUACCUCCGAGCUGCAUAGAAUUCGUUCCCGGCCAUCGGGACCUAUUCGUCGUGGGAACAUACUAUCUCGACCGAAGUGCUGAUGAAGACUCGGGCGAGGUUGCAGAAGACACGGAGAAGAAGUCUCAGCAGAGAAGCGGGAGCCUAUUACUCUUCCAGCUGGACGGAGAUGAACCCAAGCUCAUCCGAACCCUCCCCACCCCCUUCGCCGUCUUCGACCUCCACUUCACGCCCCCCGCCCACGGCGACCCAGCCCUCCUCGGCGCCGCCUCGUCCACCGGCUCCCUAGCCCUGUACCGGGUCUCCCGCACGCAGCACCCCGAAAUCCAGCACCUGCGCACCCUGCAACUCUUCCCCCAAAACUCACUGAUCACCUUCUUCGCCUGGCACCCUCGGACGCCGCUCCUGGCCGGCCUGGCCCUCGCCGACGGGAGCGCGCACCUCUGCGCCCUCCCCUCGCCCGACGACCCCGCCACAGACGCGGACCCCGACCCCGAGGCUUUUACGCCCUGCCUCGCCCCCCUCCUGGCUCAUGACCUCGAGGCCUGGUUCCUGACUUUCGCUCCCGCUGGCACGGCGCUCUACACCGGCGGCGACGACAGCGCGCUCAAAUUCCGCAGUCUGCCCGACCCCUCUACUCCCCCCGCCGCGCAAUGGCAGGACCGCCGCAUCCACGCCGCGGGCGUCACGGCCAUCCUCCCCCUCGCAGGCCCCAACCUGCUCUUGACCGGCAGCUACGAUGACCGUGUCCGCCUGCUGCGGGUGCCGGACCCCAGCGGCAGCAGAGGCGGGGGCGUCCGGCGGCCGGUCGUGCUCGCGGAAGCGGAUCUCGGCGGCGGCGUGUGGCGCCUCAAGGACAUUACGCCCGAAGCUGCAGCAGGGGGAGAGCAGCGCGAGUUCGUCGUCCUGGCGAGCUGCAUGCAUGCUGGUGCGCGCGUUUUGCGGCUGCGUGCUUCGUCGCCUGAUGAGGGCGAGGAGUGGCAGUUUGAGGUCCUGGCUAGCUUUGAGGAGCAUCAGAGCAUGAAUUAUGGGAGCGAUGUGCAGCCCCUUGCGUCUGGGGAGGAGGGCGGGCAGAGGACCGUCGUGAGCACCAGCUUCUACGACCGAUUGCUUUGUGUGUGGAAGUGGUGA